GACGGGCGCCGACGACUUUUGGCUGUUCAGUCCACGGCUGUCUUUCAACACGGACAGGCGAGAGGACAAAUAUUUAUACGCAGAUUCGAAAUUCAAAAAUUUUUAAACUGGUGUUCGAUUUGUGUUUAUAAUUUUUUUGUUUUGAUUGUUUAUUAUAUUUUUUUCCGUGCGAUUAUUUUGUGAACGACUGUACUUACUGUGCGGUACUGUGUUUGUGGUGCGGUAACUAUUUGGGUUAAAUUUUACGGAUAUUAUAGGGAUUGCCGAGAAAUAUGGUUCCGACUGGCGAUUCCCACUACCACGCUUUGCUUUCGCGCGAUUUCCCUGAAAUUACGCGACCAGCUGGUACACAACGUACGCGGCCACCGAUAUUGCUUCGAUGGAUGCUCACCGUGGUUCUGGUCAUAGCUGUCAUCGCUCCCACGUCAGACUCAACAACUGUCCGCAGAAGACUCCGGAAGCCAUCAAAGGUGUCCACAUCGGUUUCGUCCAGCGUCUCUAGAUCCACAGAUCAAGUUCUCUCAGCUAGCGUGAACAGACCAAAGAUUCGUGGUCGUCCUUCAAUAGCCAGUAGAAAAUCAUCCGCGGCUCUGGACAACUCCGUCACCACCGAACAUCACAAAGAUAAGGAUGGAUACAAGAUCGUCUGCUAUUACACCAACUGGUCCCAAUACCGGACGAAGGUCGGGAAGUUCGUUCCAGAGGACAUUCAGCCCGAUCUCUGCACCCACAUCAUCUUCGCUUUCGGCUGGCUGAAGAAAGGAAAACUGAGCAGCUUCGAAUCGAACGAUGAGACGAAAGACGGGAAGACAGGACUGUACGACAAGAUUAAUGGGCUGAAGAAAGGGAAUCCUAAACUAAAGACUCUAUUGGCCAUUGGCGGUUGGUCUUUCGGGACUCAGAAGUUCAAGGACAUGGUGGCUACCAGAUACGCCCGGCAGACGUUCAUCUACUCCGCGAUUCCUUACUUGAGGGACAGGAACUUUGACGGGCUCGACAUCGACUGGGAAUACCCCAAGGGUGGAGACGACAAGAAAAACUACGUGCUCCUGUUGAAAGAGCUCCGUGAGGCCUUCGAAGCGGAGGCUCAAGAAGUGAAGAAACCUCGUUUGCUUCUUACUGCAGCUGUGCCAGUUGGACCUGACAACAUCAAGAGCGGAUACGACGUUCCUGCUGUAGCCAGCUAUCUGGACUUCAUCAACCUUAUGGCCUACGACUUCCACGGCAAAUGGGAGAGGGAGACCGGCCACAACGCCCCGCUGUACGCUCCAUCGACAGACUCGGAGUGGAGGAAGCAACUAUCAGUAGACCACGCAGCACAUCUCUGGGUGAAACUUGGAGCCCCGAAGGACAAACUUAUUAUUGGUAUGCCAACAUAUGGACGUACAUUCACGCUCUCCAACCCUAAUAACUUCAAAGUGAACGCGCCGGCCAGUGGUGGAGGAAAAGCGGGAGAGUACACCAAGGAAAGCGGUUUCCUCGCUUACUAUGAGGUGUGCGAAAUGCUAAGGAACGGGGGUGCCUACGUCUGGGACGAUGAAAUGAAAGUCCCUUACUGCGUCCACGGGGACCAGUGGGUCGGAUUCGACGAUGAGAAAUCAAUCAGGAACAAAAUGAGGUGGAUCAAAGACAAUGGCUUCGGAGGAGCAAUGGUGUGGACCGUUGAUAUGGACGACUUCUCCGGCAACGUCUGCGGCGGCGAUGUAAAGUAUCCAUUGAUCGGUGCAAUGAGGGAAGAACUCCGAGGUAUAUCUCGAGGUAAAGACGCCAAAGAUGUCGACUGGGCCACGGUUGCUUCCAGCAUAGUGAUAGAAGAAACUGAGAAACCAGAACCGAUACAGGUUCCAUUGUCCGAAGUCCUCAAGCGCAUCAAGAAGCCUGGUAAAAACGUCAUCAUAAAGACCAAUGGAGCGGCACUUUCAGAUAAAAACAAACGCGAGCCCCAAGUACUCUGUUAUCUCACAUCCUGGUCAGCCAAACGUCCAAGCGCAGGCCGCUUCACACCAGAAAACGUUGACCCCAAACUCUGUACCCACAUCAUAUACGCUUUCGCAACCCUCAAAGACCACAAGCUAGCUGAAGCUGACGACAAAGACGCUGAUAUGUACGAUAAAGUCGUUGCGUUGAGAGAGAAGAACCCCAAUUUGAAGAUAUUGCUCGCCAUCGGAGGCUGGGCCUUCGGAUCUACUCCGUUCAAAGAAUUGACUUCGAACGUGUUCCGCAUGAACCAGUUCGUGUAUGAAGCCAUCGAGUUCCUCCGCGACUAUCAGUUCAAUGGCUUGGACGUGGAUUGGGAAUAUCCUAGAGGAGCAGAUGAUCGUGCAGCAUUCGUAUCUCUGCUCAAGGAAUUGCGUCUGGCGUUCGAGGGUGAAGCCAAGACUUCAGGUCAGCCCCGGCUCCUGCUCACUGCUGCUGUACCGGCGUCGUUUGAGGCCAUCGCCGCCGGAUAUGAUGUACCGGAAAUAUCGAAAUAUUUGGACUUCAUAAACGUGAUGACGUAUGACUUCCACGGCCAGUGGGAGCGCCAGGUCGGCCACAACAGUCCGCUGUUCCCUCUAGAAAGCGCCACGAGCUACCAGAAGAAACUAACUGUGGACUACUCCGCCCGCGAGUGGGUCCGCCAGGGCGCCCCCAAAGAGAAGCUGAUGAUCGGCAUGCCCACGUACGGAAGGUCCUUCACGCUUAUCAACGAAACACAGUACGACAUCGGCGCUCCGGCUUCAGAGGGCGGAGAAGCCGGACGUUUCACCAACGAAGCCGGCUUCAUGUCCUACUACGAAAUCUGCGAGUUCCUACGAGAGGACAACACGACGCUCGUCUGGGACAACGAGCAGAUGGUGCCAUUCGCUUACCGAGGCGACCAGUGGGUCGGGUUCGACGACGAGAGAUCGCUUAAAACAAAAAUGGCCUGGCUGAAGGAAGAAGGGUUCGGCGGGAUCAUGGUCUGGUCUGUCGACAUGGACGACUUCCGCGGCUCCUGUGGAACUGGCAAGUUCCCGCUCAUCACGACCAUGAAGCAGGAACUGUCCGACUACAAGGUCAAGCUGGAAUACGACGGGCCCUACGAGACGGUGCUCACCAGCGGACAGUACACCACUAAGGACCCCACUGAGGUGACGUGCGAGGAGGAGGACGGCCACAUCUCGUACCACAAGGACCAGGCGGACUGCACCAUGUACUACAUGUGCGAGGGCGAGCGGAAGCACCACAUGCCGUGCCCCUCCAACCUCGUGUUCAACCCCAACGAGAACGUCUGCGAUUGGCCGGAGAACGUGGAGGGAUGCGCGCACCACACGCAGGCGCCGCCCGCCAGACGAUAGGCCCCGGGACCACACCGACCAACAUCGGCCUUCGCAUCUAGAUCUAAACAAAACUGUUCGUAUAUUCCGGUUUUAGUUUUAGUUUUAAUUCGUUCCAGUAAGUGCACGAUAAAUGAGAGAAUGUAAAUAUGUAUGUGUUCUUGUAUGCGUUUUUAAUAAUUGGUUUACCUGGAUGACACACUUAGUGCAUAGUAAUAAUAUUUUCAACUCCCAUAUUUCAACGUUUCAUUGUCUAAGCCUAUAUUAUUUUACGGCUACUAUCACAAUAAAGUUACACGAUAUUUAUUGGGUUAAAUAGUGAGGUGUGAUAAUACGUUUUAAUGUGUGAAAUUCUUGAUUUUCUAAUUAAUAAGAUCAUAAAAUUUCCUAUUUUAUAUUUUUAUAUUAAAUUAUCGUACUUUAGUUUUCUUUAAAAAAACUUUCUUCUCCCAAAAAUACGGAUGAUACUAAAACCAUUUUAUUUUUUGUUAGAAAACUGAAAUUUAAGAGCUUUCCAAGUUAACAUAGCUUUGUCACUAUUUACGCGUUCAGAGAUGUGCUUUGAGUUUCCAAAAACGAUUUUUUGCACCAAAACAAAAGUCAAAAAAUGGGUUUUCGUUUCCACAUAGCUUUUGAUAACAAGAAUUCGAAUCACAUAUACCUUUACAUGGUCAAUUUGUAUUUUAAUUACGUUAACAUCACGUGAAUAUUGUUCGUGCAAUUAGGGUUUAACUAUUCGAAUCACGUUUGGUCUCCGACGCUAAAGGCAAUAGUUCCAAAUGACCUCCUUUGUAUAAGUACGUGUUCAGUGUUUUUGGGAAACUAAUAUAAUUUUUCUUCUAUUUUUUUCUGGAAUAGAUUUUUAGUUAAUCAUUUUAUAAUAACUCAAUACUCAGAUCAGCUAAAAUCACUGCCUAUUUAAACGACCAAUGUCGGUUGAGGUUUUUUUUUGGACAAAAAAAAACAAUUAAAUUAAAAAU